AUGAAGUCCUUUGUUUCUGUUCCAGAAGGGUCUGAUUUCCCUAUUGAGAACUGCCCAUACGGAGUAUUCUCUACUAGCGACAAUGCUAAGCACAGGAUCGGCGUCGCUAUUGGAGAGUCAAUACUUGAUUUAUCAGCAGUAGCUCAUCUCUUCGAUGGACCAGUACUGAAAAAUCACCAAGAUGUCUUCAAACAGGAUACCCUCAACGCCUUCAUGGCUUUACCUCGAGCGGCCUGGCUCGAGGCUCGCCAAACCAUCCAAAAACUUCUCAGCGAUGACGUCACUACCCUGAAGGAAAAUGCUGAGCUCCGAGCAAAAUCUAUUGUUAGUCAAAAAGAUGCUACUAUGCAUCUUCCAGCAAAAAUUGGAGACUAUACUGACUUCUACUCAUCUAUUUAUCAUGCUACCAACGUAGGGAUCAUGUUCAGAGGAAAAGAGAAUGCUCUUAUGCCAAACUGGAAAUGGCUACCAGUCGGCUACCAUGGUCGCGCUUCCUCAAUCAUUCCCUCUGGUACUCCUGUCCGCAGACCUCAUGGCCAACUCAAGCCAGAAGGAGCUAUUCUCCGUUUUUUCAUCCCGCCAUGGAACCUUCCAUUUUUAGCUCGAGAUAUCCAAGCCUGGGAAUACGUUCCACUUGGUCCGUUCCUUGGCAAAUCUUUUGGAACUACCAUCUCACCAUGGGUGGUCUCCAUGGAAGCUUUGCGACCAUUCAUGGUGGCUAACCCAGAACAGGACCCCGCCCCUCUGGAGUAUCUGGCUCACUCUGAUCCUUAUAGUCUUGAUAUAAAUCUCGGAGUCACUAUCAAGCCAGAGGGCGGAAGUGAUCACUCAGUUUGCAAGACCAGUUUCAAGGAAGAAGGCGCAUACGGUUCUAUGUUGGAAUUGUCCUGGCGAGGUGCAAAAACAGUCCAAGUUGGAGAUCAAACACGAAAGUUCUUGCAAGACGGUGAUGAGGUGAAUCUCAUCGGCUUCUGCGAGAAAGAUGGCCUUCGAAUUGGAUUUGGUGAAUGCCGUGGAAAAGUUCUUCCAGCGCUCUAG